AUGGGCAACAUCUCCUCCAACAUCUCGGCCUUCCAGUCGCUGCACAUCGUCAUGCUGGGCUUGGACUCGGCCGGCAAGACCACGGUGCUCUACCGGCUCAAGUUCAACGAGUUCGUGAACACCGUGCCCACCAUCGGCUUCAACACGGAGAAGAUCAAGCUGAGCAACGGCACGGCCAAGGGCAUCAGCUGCCACUUCUGGGACGUGGGCGGCCAGGAGAAGCUUCGGCCGCUGUGGAAGUCCUACAGCCGCUGCACGGACGGCAUCAUCUACGUGGUGGACUCGGUGGACGUGGACCGGCUGGAGGAGGCCAAGACAGAGCUGCACAAAGUGACCAAGUUCGCCGAGAACCAGGGCACGCCGCUGCUGGUCAUCGCCAACAAGCAGGACCUGCCCAAGUCGCUGCCCGUGGCGGAGAUCGAGAAGCAGCUGGCGCUGCACGAGCUCAUCCCGGCCACCACCUACCACGUCCAGCCGGCGUGCGCCAUCAUCGGCGAGGGUCUCACCGAGGGCAUGGACAAGCUGUACGAGAUGAUCCUGAAACGCAGGAAGUCCCUCAAGCAGAAGAAGAAGCGGUAAUGCUCCGGGCGGCGACGUUACGGAGCUAGGCGCGGGGAGCGAGCGAGUCCGGAAUGAAUGAAUGAAAGGCUGUGUGGCCCGCGCGCCCGCGAACAAAGACAGCGAACCAAAGCGACGCUUCGAAUUUUUAAAGCGGAGUCUCUGCACCCACAUGCAGGACUGGUGACUUAACCUGGGUAUGUAGGCAAGCUGGCCAGCCUGCGCUCGACCUGCCCCCCCACCCGCAGCUCAGGGGUCCUUUUGUCUGAAAGCCGGAGCUACUCAGGGGGUGGGGGACCCGGCUGGGGAGUGGACGUGCAGGUCCCACCGUCCGCCCUGCUGGCCCAGGUUGGAAGGCUCAGAUAUCCGAGACAAAAGCAAUUUCCUCCUACUCCAGCAGGGCCAGAAGUUCAGGCUCCCCCGCCCUCACUGGGGAUCGCACCUGUGAGCUACCUGAGGUAUGCGGCUCCCAGAACCCCGGGAGUUCCCAACUGGGGGCAAGGUGGCAGUGGGAGGUGCUGGGGGAACAGCCUCUCCUUGGGCUAUGAAAGCUGGAUAAUUUUAUGUCACAGGGCAGGACCCUGUGAAAAUCCAUUUGCCCUGCUCUGGGCCCAAACGAGGUGGUGGUUUGGGCCAUCAGAGGACUGCGUGGAACAGUACCGCAGCUGGAAGGCGCGGGGCGCUGCGCUGGCCUGGGCUGGGGGAUGGCCGCGAAGAACGCCCCUUUCCUGGUGCUUUGUGGUAGCUUCAGAAGACCAGUUUUGUUGAGAACUGCUUUUCAGCCUGGAAUCAGACAUCUUCCAGAUGGUUUGGACCCUGUCCAUGUGUAGGUCAUUAUCACACAAAGAGACCAAUAAAAAAAUUACAAACAAGAAACUGUUGGAGGUGGUGGCAAAUGAUGCAUUUACUCUUUGCAGAAUAGUUAAAGGUGUUUAAAGGGUAAGGCUCCUGAUGUCAGUGCUGGA